AUGCGGGCGGGCCGCGGCGCGGCGGGCGGGGAGGCGGCGGCGGCGGCCGAGGAGGAGGCGGCGGCCGAUGGGGCCAAGCGCGGCGGAGCGGCGGGGCGGGCGCGGGCCCGCGGCGGGAAGGGGUCCCCGAACGGCGAGUGCCGGCGCGGGGAAGCGCCGCGGAGCCCCGGCCCGGAGCCGCCCCGCGAGCCCAAGGUCUCGUUCUCCUGCGGCGGAGGCGGCGGCGGCGGCGGCGGAGCGGCGUCCCCCGGCGGGGCCAAGGCGGCCGAGGAGGGAGCGAGCGAGGAUGCGGCCGAGGAGGUGCGCGGGAGCCAGGCCAGCUUCAUGCAGCGGCAGUUCGGGGCCAUGCUCCAGCCCGGCGUCAACAAGUUCUCGCUGCGGAUGUUCGGCUCGCAGAAGGCGGUGGAGAGGGAGCAGGAGCGCGUCAAGUCGGCGGGGGCCUGGAUCAUCCACCCCUACAGCGAUUUCAGAUUUUACUGGGACUUCACGAUGCUGCUCUUCAUGGUGGGCAACCUGAUCAUCAUCCCCGUGGGCAUCACCUUCUUCAAGGAGGAGACCACGGCCCCCUGGAUCGUGUUCAACGUGGUCUCUGACACCUUCUUCCUGAUGGACCUGGUGCUGAACUUCCGCACUGGGAUUGUCAUUGAGGACAACACCGAAAUCAUCCUGGACCCCGAGAAGAUCAAGAAGAAGUACCUCAAGACCUGGUUCGUGGUGGAUUUUGUCUCCUCCAUCCCCGUGGACUACGUUUUCCUCAUUGUGGAGAAGGGCAUAGACUCGGAGGUCUAUAAGACAGCCCGCGCCCUGCGCAUCGUCAGAUUCACCAAGAUCCUGAGCCUGCUGCGGCUGCUGCGCCUCUCGCGCCUCAUCCGCUACAUCCACCAGUGGGAGGAGAUCUUCCACAUGACGUACGACCUGGCCAGUGCCGUGAUGAGGAUCAUCAACCUCAUUGGGAUGAUGCUGCUGCUGUGCCACUGGGACGGCUGCCUCCAGUUCCUGGUGCCCAUGCUGCAGGAUUUCCCCCAGAACUGCUGGGUGUCCAUCAACGGGAUGGUGAACGACUCCUGGAGCGAGCUGUACUCCUUCGCCCUCUUCAAGUCCAUGAGCCACAUGCUGUGCAUCGGCUACGGGAAGCAGGCGCCCGAGAGCAUGACAGACAUCUGGCUGACCAUGCUGAGCAUGAUCGUGGGGGCCACCUGCUACGCCAUGUUCAUCGGCCACGCCACCGCCCUCAUCCAGUCGCUGGACUCCUCCCGGCGCCAGUACCAGGAGAAGUACAAGCAGGUGGAGCAGUACAUGUCCUUCCACAAGCUGCCCGCUGAUUUCCGCCAGAAGAUCCACGACUACUACGAGCAUCGCUACCAGGGCAAGAUGUUUGAUGAGGAUAGCAUCCUGGGGGAGCUCAACGAGCCCCUGCGUGAGGAAAUCGUGAACUUCAACUGCCGCAAGCUGGUGGCCUCCAUGCCGCUGUUUGCCAACGCCGACCCCAACUUUGUCACGGCCAUGCUGACCAAGCUGAAGUUUGAGGUGUUCCAGCCGGGCGACUACAUCAUCCGAGAGGGCACCAUCGGCAAGAAGAUGUACUUCAUCCAGCACGGGGUGGUCAGCAUCCUCACCAAGGGCAACAAGGAGAUGAAGCUCUCCGACGGCUCCUACUUUGGGGAGAUCUGCUUGCUGACCCGCGGCCGGCGCACGGCCAGCGUCCGUGCCGACACCUACUGCCGCCUCUACUCGCUCUCCGUGGACAACUUCAACGAGGUGCUGGAGGAGUACCCCAUGAUGAGACGGGCCUUCGAGACUGUGGCCAUCGACCGUCUCGACCGCAUCGGGAAGAAGAACUCGAUCCUGCUCCACAAAGUGCAGCACGACCUCAACUCAGGUGUCUUCAACAACCAGGAGAACGAGAUCAUCCAGGAGAUCGUCAAGUACGACCGGGAGAUGGUGCAGCAGGCGGAGCUGCAGCAGCACACGGCCAUGUACAGCCCCGUGCAGCCCCAGGUCACCUCUGCCAUCGCCACCCUCCAGCAAGCCGUGGCCAUGAGCUUCUGCCCGCAGAUGGCCAGCCCGCUGGUGGGCUCCAUGGCGCUGGGCUCGCCCCGCAUGAUGCGCCGCUUGCAGUACGCCCAGGCCGUGCCCAGCCCCUUCGCCGUGUCCCCCGUGCUGCUGCAGCAGAGCCCCCCGCCGCAGCCGCAGCCCCCCGUGCCCCACGCCAACCCCUCGCCCUCGCAGGACCCGGCGCAGCCCACGGCCCUGCCCGCCUCCACCAGCGCCUUCGCCGCGGCCGCGGCCAGCCCUCCGUCCCAAAGCCCGCUGGCCAGCCGGACGUUCGCCUACGGAGGUGCCCCCGGGCCGCUGGGCUCGCAGCUGUCCCUCAGCCAGCAGCCGGCGCCCGGCUCGCCGCAGCGCCUGGCCGCCCACAAGAGCACACAGGCGCUGCACACCAGCAGCCUCAGCCAGGAUUCGCGGCCCCUCUCGGCCUCGCAGCCCUCGCUGCCCCACGGGCUGGCGGCCGGCAGCACCCAGAGCCCCCCGGCGUCCGCCCGCGAGUCCAGCACCUCCAUCGGAGGCGGCCCGGCCGCCGCCUCGCCGGGCCCGGGCCCUCCGGCCGGGCUGCGGGCCCAGGCGCCCUCACGGGGGGCCCCGGCCCACCCGGCGCCCACGGGCUCGGGGCUGACAGCGCCGCCCGCCCUGCCGCAGGACUCGGCGGCGGCCCGCAAGGAUUCGGCGUCCAGCACGCCCGACACGGACCCGGCCAAGUCCAGGCUGUCUUCCAACUUGUGACCUCCGCGCCGGAGGGGCGGCGGCGGGGAGCCCCCCCAGCUCAGCUCGCCCUGCGCCGCCGGGUGAGGGCCACGGCCGCACCGCCG